CUCUCGCUUUCUUUCCAUGUACGGUAAUUAUACCGCGACAGUUGCCGUCUCUCGCUCGCUCGGCUCCAUCGCUGGCCGUUGGUUGGUUGAUUGAUCGUGGUGGUGCUCGCCGCCAUCGAGCGUGCCCGCUGGCUGCGGAAGGGGAAUGGGUUGCACGGCGUCGCGGCUGGAGAACGAGGACUGCGUGCGCCGGUGCAAGGAGCGGCGCCGCCUCAUGAAGGAGGCGGUCUGCUCCCGCCACCACCUCGCCUCCGCCCACGCUGACUACCUCCGCUCCCUCCGCCUCACUGGUUCCGCCCUCGCCAGCUUCGCAGUCGGCGAGCUCCUCGCUGUCUCCGAGCACACCCCGCCCGUUCUCCUCCGAUCAUCUGCCGCCUCCCCUUCGGCUUCCCUCCCUCCGCCCACGCUUCAGCCCCCUCCACCACCUUCUCCGUCGCCGCCGCCGUCUCAACUCCGCCCCCGCCACCGCCACCAUUUCUCCCCCUCCCCUUCCCCCACCGUUGCCGGCACCCCCUUCCAUAGGCCCUCUGCCGCCGCCGUGGCUGACGGCCACCCACGGUUCCCGGCUGUGAACUCGACGUAUGCCACCACUCCCUCUCAGUCUUCCUCCGCCUGGGACUGGGAGAACUUCUACCCUCCGUCGCCCCCGGAUUCCGAGUUCUUCGAACGCCGGAAGGCCGAGCUUGAGGAGAAGAAUCGCCUGCAACACCAUCUUCCUCCGGAGGAAGAAGUGGGCGAAUCGGACGAGGAGCAGAUAUCACAGGAAGAAGAAGAACAAGGAGGAGGAGGAAGAGAAGAGGUCCACUGUCGCGAAUGGGGCGAGCGCUACACGAGCACCACCAGCUCUACCUCCAGAUCCGACGGCGAGCCGGAGCAGGAGGAUGACCAAGAAGAUGACAGGGCCACGGUCUCGAGAUCCGAGAGCAUGGCCACCAGAUCCGCCUACGGGGGCUUCGCCCCUAGUCAGGCGGCGCCGUCGGAGAUCGCAUCAUCCGCGGCGGCGGAGGUGAAGUCGCGCCUGCGGCCGAGGUCGGAGGUGGGAUCGUCGUCUGCCAGGUGGAACGCUGGCGGCCGGGAGGAGACUUCCUUGUCAUCUGCCGUCGCCGAGCUGAGGAUGGUGGUGCGCCACCAAAGUCUGGCGGAGAUUGCAGAGGCGAUCAAGGAGCAUUUCAUCAAGGCCGCCGAUGCAGGCAGCGCUGUCUCAGAUCUCCUUGAGAUUGGCCAUGCCCAAUUUGAUGGUAGCUUCCGGCAGCUCAAGAAGACGGUGUACCACUCAAGCAGUGUACUGAGCGUGCUAUCCUCGAGCUGGACGUCGAAGCCGCCGCUGGCAAUUCGGUACAGCCUGGAUCCGGUGGCUUUAGAGGAGUCGGGUGGAGGGAAGAGCAAUGGCUCCACUUUGGAGCGGCUCUUGGCUUGGGAGAAGAAGCUCUAUGAGGAGGUGAAGGUUAGAGAGGGUGUAAAGAUUGAGCACGAGAAGAAACUGUCAACAUUGCAGAGCCAGGAGUAUAGGCAAAAGGAUGAUGCAAAACUGGACAAGACCAAGGCCUCCAUACAGAAAUUGCACUCACUAAUCAUAGUGACAUCACAGGCCGUCACUACCACAUCUUCUGCUAUCACCAAAGUUCGCGAUGAUGAACUUGCACCACAACUUGUCGAGAUUUGUUAUGCGCUUUUGAAUAUGUGGAGGCAAAUGAAUAAGUUUCACGAAAUCCAGAACCAUAUUGUGCAACAAGUCCGAGGUCUUGUGAAUCGUGCCUCUACUGGCGAGUCGACAUCGGACUUGCAUCGGCUGGCAACCCGUGAUCUUGAAGCUGCAGUCUCGGCAUGGCAUUCAAGCUUCAACCGCCUUAUCAAGUAUCAGCGUGACUAUGUCCAUGCCUUGUAUGGCUGGCUUAAGCUCACACUCCUCCAGGUUAGCAGUGACAAUCCCCAGAAAGACCAUUCUUCACCUGUCGCAGUUGAGCUUACAGCCUUCUGUGAUGAGUGGAAGCAAGCGCUAGAUCGACUGCCUGACACAGUGGCCUCUGAGGCUGUCAAAAGUUUCAUGAAUGUCAUCCAUGUCAUCUACACAAAGCAGGUUGAGGAAUUGAAGAUUAAGAAACGAGCUGAGACAUACUCAAAAGAGCUUGAGAAAAAAUCUACUGCACUGAGGAAUACCGAGAAAAAAUAUUACCAGUCGUACUCAAUGGUUGGACUUGCGCUCCCAGGUGGUGGGCACGACAAUGAUGGACAAGUAUUUGACACGCGCGACCCAUUAGCAGAGAAGAAGUCGGAGAUUGCAGCAUGUCGGAGAAAGGUAGAAGAUGAGAUGAUGAGGCAUGCUAAGGCGGUCGAGGUCACGCGGUCGAUGACCCUUAACAACAUACAGACGGGCCUGCCCGGUGUGUUUCAGGCGUUGACAGGGUUCUCCGGCAUGUUUGUGGAAGCUCUGGAAGGUGUUUGCCGUCGAGCUGGAUCCGUUUAAACGGCUUUUCAUAAUUUUUUACUAUCUUCUUAUAUAUGUGAUCAGGCAAAAGAGUAUAUAGUUAUAAAACAGGAAGAAGAUAAUUCCCCAUCUUUUGGUGUGUUAGGUUGGAUAAGUCGGUGUAGAUAUCAUUUUUGAUAUGAUAUUUCUUUUGCCCUUUCUGGAACGUGGAGGGAGGAGAUGCUUUUGUACAGCCAAAAUGGGUUGGUUGGGUUGUGCUUUAAUAAAGAUCAACUUUUCUUCUCUGCUGUUUUAUAUAGGGGAUUCUCUAAUUGCCAACUGAACUGGUCGGAAGCUGGAUUGGGUUGUUCAAACACAUCUGAAUCAGAUCAAGCAAACAAACGAAAGGGCAGAUUUUGGAAGAUCAGCUGAAGUCUCCAUCAGGAACAAAUGGUGAAUGGUAUGUAUAUCUAUUUUUUCAGUUGGAUUUUACUAUAAUUUAGUAGCAGGAAGAUGCUUUGAUUCUUGUUUGAUCCCCUGAGUUCUCGGAUUAACUGAACCAUUUGUUUAGAGCUCUAAUUCCAGAAUGUUAUAUAUGCAAAACAUUUGUUGCUUUUUGCAACCCAAAAGCCAAAGGCUCCACAAGACUUUGCACUGAUUUCCAGGUGAAAAGCUUUCUUAUGAACUCUCUUUAUCAUGUUUUGCAUGAGGGGUUGAGCUGAUGAUAUAAAGAAAGAAGAAACAGAAGACAGCUGCAAAAUGCUCAAUUCUCUCUCAUCUAUCUUUGCCAUGUGCAGGAAUUAUUGUAUUCCGGAGGACAGCUUGUCACUUUGAGUCAUUGCCAACUGUGCAAUAGUAUCCUAUGAAUUGUCCUCUAUUAUUCCUUUGUUUUGUUGCAUAGGUACCUAUGCAAGCUCCUUAUUAGUUGAUAUAUUCGAAUAUUGCGAACUAUUGUAUUGAAUUUUUAAAUCUUUAGUCUUCUAUUGUAUGGAUUGAGCACCACGUUAAUAUUUUAGGUGUUGUCUUCUAUUA